UUAAGAAGAUUUGUCAGCUCCACGGCAACCGGCAAGGUGGGAGGGGAGGGGAGACUGGUGGCUUCCGGUGGCCCAGUGGCAGCAGGCUCUCUUGCGCGGGAUUAAGUGGGAUCUGGAGAGAUUACAGCUCCCUCACUUCUCGUAGUUUGAUGACAGUGCCGCGUCGUCCUCUGCCGAGUCUCUAUUUCGCCAGCAAAAUAUUCCGCGACUGGACUGAUGCAAGAGGCUACCACAUCUGGAAGAUAGAAGCUUGUGGCAUCUUUCAAAGAUUUGGACGUGGAGGUAACGCACUUUGCUUUGAUACCACUUUCACUUUGUUGUGUUACAUUGACUUUGCUGUAAGAUCCUGUACUGUAUGUACAUUUAAAAGAUUUGACAGAUGGACACAUUUAUCAACUUGUUUUUUUUUUCAAUUAAAAACCCAUACAGAGUAGAAUCAAAUACCUGAGAUUUGAAUGAUACCGUCUAUUUGCAACUGCUCCAAGCAUAGAUUGUAUUCACAUCAGUGUUAUUACAGGCCGCCUUGAAGCAGGCCAUUAACCCCUGACCUUUUCACACUGAGAACCAGCUCAAGACUGGAUUACCAUCAGAAAAAGGGGUCAGCUCUCACGAAAAAACCCUCAAAAGUAAAGGGAUCGUCACCUAAUGCGUGUUUAAAAUCUAAAGCGCUGUAUUUGGGCGGUGAGUAUUGAUAAUGUAUAACUUUCUUGUUGUUUUCAACGGUUAAAGGUUGAGGGUUCAGUGACCAUGAGGCAGGCGGUGGAGGCUCAGGUGUUAAGCCCUCACUGUGAACUCGGAGAACACGGCCUUCGUCAGAUCCUGACAGAUGUGGUGGAGGAGGUGAGGCGCACGCUCAAUCAGGACGUCGAUGGAGCGGAGAUUCUCCACAGUCUUCUCAAUGCCUCCUGGCUGCAGUCGCUGCUGAAGGUUUACGAGUGUCUUCAAAGGUACCUGAGAGACUCCCCAGAACCAGCACUGGACUACGCCUCUGGACUCUCUUUUCAGCUGCUGAUCGACAUCAAGGCGUUGCCUGGCUGUUCUGAGGACGCCAAGGAGCUUGACAGACUCUUGCGACAGCCUCACUUGCAGGCUUUGCUUUCUGCGCAUGACACGGUCGCCCAGAAAGACUAUGAGCCGGUGUUGCCACCAAUGCCAGCUGAUGUUCCUGAUGACGAGGAAGCCACCAGGAUCGUCUGCCUGGUCAAGAACAAGCAACCGCUGGGGGCAACGAUAAAGAGAAAUGACAUCACUGGGGAGAUUUUUGUGGCUCGGGUGAUUCACGGAGGUCUGGCCGACCGCAGUGGUCUGCUCCACUCGGGAGACCGGAUCAUAGAGGUGAAUGGGUUUCCAGUGGAUGGCUUGGAGCCAGAACAAGUCAUUCAACUUGUGCAGGCGGGAGCGCACGGCACCAUCAUGUUCAAAGUGGUUCCCAUCACCGACAGGCCGAUUCACAACCACACCAUGCUGCACGUGCGAGCUAUGGUGGACUACAGCCCGCAGCAGGACCCCACCAUCCCCUGUGCAGACGCUGGCAUGCGCUUCAAGAAAGGUGACAUCCUGGAGAUCGUAGACCAGACCGACGCCCUCUGGUGGCAGGCUAAUAAACUGCCCAACAGCACCGCCUGCGCGGGCCUUAUUCCCUCCAGCAACUUGCUGAAACGGAAGCAAAGAGACUUCCUGUGGUCUCAGCCUUACCAAGCGCACGCCUGCAUACACACACUGAGCACUGUGGAGGAAGAGGAGGACCUAAACGCCAUUGAUGAGAAUUGUGUCGAAGCAGAUGAGGAAGCUUUUGAAUCUGAGGAACUCAGAGACGAGGGUGAUGACUUAAGCAGCAACUUUGUGGGCGUGUACUUAGCUGGAUUCAGGCACAGCUUGCGUCUCUGUCGCAGGCGGCGCAGCACCGCCCUAACGUCCUGCCCCGCCCACUGUCCUAAUAGCUGCAACAGCGCCCUCAUCUGCACCUAUGAAGAGGUGGUGCGCUACCAGCGCAGCAGAAAUGAUGUGCACCGUCUCAUCGCCCUCCUAGGUCCAUCAGGUGUGGGAGUCAAUGAACUGCGCAGGUGCCUGAUUGAAAUGAAUCCCAACACAUUCCAAGGCGCAAUACCUCACACAACAAGAGCACCCAAAGGAUACGAGGAGUUGGGCAGAGAAUAUCACUUCACCAGCCGAGAGGAAUUUGACAACAUGGUGUACAAAAACAGGUUCCUGGAGUACGGCGGGUAUAAAGGCAAUCUAUACGGCACGAGCAGGGAAGCAGUGAAGGAAGUUUUAAACAGCGGGAAGAUCUGUGUGAUUGACAUUGAACCAAAUGCCAUUCAGGCGGUGAGAACACAUGACCUGCGGGCGUACAUCAUCUACGUGAAGCCGCCGCCGCCGCAGCAACUGAGGGAGACCAGACAGAACUCCUACAUAACCACUGACUACCACAUCGACCGCCCCUUCAAGGAUGAGGACUUCCAGGAGAUGGAGGAGGCCGCCCACAAGAUGGAGUCUCACUACGCACAGUUCUUUGAUGGUGUGAUCGUCAACGAGGACCUGAAGGAGUCCUGUCUCCAGCUGCUGGCAGCAGUACAAGAGGCGCAGGACGAGCCACAGUGGCUUCCUGCCAGCUGGAUAACACCCGCCACAGAAGUAGAAUAACACUUCUACCCGCCACAGAAGUAGAAUAACACUUCUACCCGCCACAGAAGUAGACUAACACUUCUACCCGCCACAGAAGUAGAAUAACACUUCUACCCGCCACAGAAGUAGAAUAACACUUCUACGCACGACAAUUUUAACACCAGAUCUAGCCGUCAUGUUCUUUACUUUUAUAUACCUGCACAAAAACAGUAUUGCCUCGCUCGCAAAUGGACUUCUGUCAGUACACUUCAGUUAGUACACUGAGGGCUCCAGUUUUGACCGUGCGCAUCGUGUACUUACCGUAUUUUUCGGACUAUAAGUGGCAGUUUUUUUCAUAGUUUGGCCGGGGGUGCGACUUAUACUCAGGAGCGACUUAUGUGUGAAAUGAUGAACACAUUAGCGUAAAAUAUCAACUACCGUAAUUUCCGGACUAUAAGCCGCACCUGACUAUAAGCCGCACCAGCUAAAUUUAGGGGAAAAUACAGAUUGCUCCAUAUAUAAGCCGCACCCGACUAUAAGCCGCAGGGUUUUGAUGUGUAAUUAGCGUAGUAUAUAGGGGUUCCUACUACCACGGAGGGGAUUGUCGGGACAGAGAUGACUGUUUGGGAACGCAAAGCGUCCCAUUUAUUAACAAUAAAUCUGUCAAUCAUUCAAUCAAACUUUCACAUCUUUGACAUGGCGAACAGCAUUCAUGCAGAGUACAAAUAAUACAACGGUGCAAAGUAAUACAAAGUGCUCGCCUGUACGUUAUCAAAAUAACCAGCCUACCGGUAUAUGAAAAGUCAGUCUUUAACCAUUGUGUCAUCGUCUUCCUCCUGCGUACUAAAACCACCGAAAUCCUCUUUGUCUGUGUCGGAGAAGAACAGGCCGUAAAUAAGCCGCACCCUUGUAUAAGCCGCAGGGACCAGAACGAGGGGAAAAAGUAGCGGCUUAUAGUCCGGAAAUUACGGUAAUAUUAUUGAUGUCAUUCACGUAAGAGACUAGACGUAUAAGAUUUCAUGGGAUUUAGCGAUUAGGAGUGACAGAUUGUUUGGUAAACGUAUAGCAUGUUCUAUAUGUUAUAGUUAUUUGAAGGACUCUUACCAUAAUAUGUUACGUUAACAUACCAGUUGGUUAUUUAUGCCUCAUAUAACGUACACUUAUUCAGCCUGUUGUUCACUAUUCUUUAGACAUUUUAAAGGCCUACUGAAAUGAUUUUUAUUUAUUUAAACAGGAAUAGCAGAUCCAUUCUAUGUGUCAUACUUGAUCAUUUCGCGAUAUUGCCAUAUUUUUGCUGAAAGGAUUUAGUAGAGAAAAUCAACGAUAAAGUUUGCAACUUUUGCUCGCUGGUAAAAAAAAGCCUUGCCUGUAGCGGAAGUAGCGUGACGUCACAGGAGCUAGUAUUCCUCACAAUUCCCCGUUGUUUACAAUGCAGCGAGAGAGAUUCGGACCGAGAAAGUGACGAUUACCCCAUUAAUUUGAGCGAGGAUGAAAGAUUCGUAGA